AUGGACUCUACCGCUAACAGUACAAGCAAAAAACAACCUCUUGCUUCACCUACAGCAGCAGUAAGAGUAGCUUCAGAAUUGACGACUUCAACACCUUUGGAGCACGUGCAGUCUGUGAAUGUGCCGUACGCUGCAGCUCUGACAACGCCCAAUGCAACAAUGAGAAUACAAUCGACGCUGCCACCUAUUGCAAUGGCGCAGCCGCUGAACAUUAUUAAUCAGACUCAGUCGCAUUUGCAUGGAGGCAGUAACAUUCCUGCAAACCCAAACGGCUCGAAAGGCGUUUUCUCCGGUGAAGUGAACAGCGCAGACCUAAAUCACCCAAAUGCCGAUGGAUGGCAGCUCACGAUUGCCUGUGGACAUGCAUCGUUUCAAGUGGCUCCGCUGGGCAUGAGCAGCUACGUGGGCAAUGCAAGUGGCAGCAACGGCGCGAGCAGUGAUGAGAGAGAAUACGUAGAGUCUACGUACUAUUCGAACAACGUCAAUCUUUGCAUUGGAAUGCUUAUGGCAAUCAACCUUUUCAUGCACGUGCGCUGCCUGCGCACGGCUCAGCUGUUGACUGCAGAACUUUUGGCUGCAGGAGUUGAUCGCCAGCCAGCUCCUGCUCUAGUUCUUGCGGCCAGUAAUCCUAUUUCUACAGUCUAA